AUUCGUUUAGAAAAAUUGAAAUAAUAUUUUGUAGAAAAUAUUGCAGGUUUCAAUUAUGGAAAUUUUAUAAUAAUGAAGUUGUACAAAUGUAUUUAUUAGUAAUUGCGUUAAUUGUAUUACUUCAACAACAACAACAACGCCAAUAAAAGUAUUCAUUUUCUUACUUUAUUGAAAGGAUAAUUACCGGAGGAUAAUAAUAUUUAGUAAUUGAAUGUUAUGAUUUACAAAAAUUGAAUGAAACAGUCAGGAUCUAUUUACUUUUUCUUUGUUGUUGUGAUAAUUUAUUUGAAAAUACACUUAACAAAUAUUCUCAUGGAAGAGUCAUUUCAAUUGUUGAUAGAAUGAUUGGAUAAUCGACUAGAUUAUAAUGACAUAAAUUACCAAAAUAGACAUUGUAUCAAUUAGUGCUUCGUAUCAUCACUCCUCGUUUUUUCUCUCUCUCAGAAUGAUUCAAUCCCAUUCAUUAAAAAAAUAGAACAUACUGUAAACUGUAAUGUGACAAUGAUAUUGUGUAUAACUGUAUUAUUGAUGACAUGAUAAUUAUUGUCUUUAUUAGUCAAUAUUUACUGUGUAUAGAAACAAGUGAAAAUAUGUUUCAAUCUUUGAAGGUCGAUUUACCAAAUUAUAAAACACAAAUCAAUUUUCACAACGAUAUGAAUCAAUCAAAUGAUUCACAAUUGAACUCCAAGCGGAUACAUAUAAUAUCUUCUAACACUACAAAUGAAUAUCAUUCUAGAGAAGAACACAAAUUUCAUAAUAAUAAAUCGGUAGAAAGCCAUGGCGACUACCAUCAUUCAUCAUUAUCAUCAACAUCAAUAACAACACCAGUGAACGAAGUGAAAACAACAAUCAAUUUCAUAACAUUUAAAAUAUCCGAUUGUUACCUACAUAAUCCAUCUAUGCAUUUGUACGAGAAAUUCCGUCUACAGUUUACAUUUCGUACAUCUCAGGAACACGGUUUAAUAUUAUUCAACUCAGAUAAAUAUGGGGUUGAUUUUUUAGCAUUUGAAUUAAUCAAAGGUUAUUUACAUUUCGUCUUCGACAUGGGAAGCGGAUCUCAACGUUUUGCAUUGACUGCACAUAGUGUUACUGAUUCUAAAUGGCAUAAUGUGGAAUUGUUUAGAAAAGAUCUUGAAAAUAAUAUACUCCAACUAUAUAUUGAUCGGAAUCAAAGUAUUGAACAAUCUUUGAAGAUUCCCGUUUUCAAUGGUGACAUUGCAAGAAAUUUCAAUUUAAAUGAUCCACUAUAUAUUGGUGGUAUAUCUCAACUUGUAUUCUUGAAAUGGAGAGAGAAACUUAGCUCAUACCAUGGAUUUCAGGGUUGUCUAGGCAAUUUCUCUAUAAAUGGACUACCUCCAUUUGAUUUAUUAAAUAUGGCUAAGUUAAAAUAUGCGAAAAAUUGGACAUUACCUGUCUGCCGAGAUCAAAUCGUGGACAAUUGUCAUUAUCGACCGAAAGGUGUAUUGAACUGUAAUCAAAUUCAACGUAUUCAAAAUCAUUCAACUAUUACAAGAACAAAUAAAAAUGUUGAUGGAGACAAUGAUAAUAAUAAACUAUUUCAACCAUAUUGCUUAAAUGAUGGAAUUUGUUUACAUACAUGGUUAGGUGUUAAGUGUGCCUGUGAAUUGACUACAUUUGAUGGGCAUCGAUGUAUAAAAGCUGGAACAACAUUUGCAUAUGGUGUUAAGUAUGAUACAACUAUAAGUUAUAAUUUAUCAAAUAAUAUCAAUCAAACAAUUGAUAAUGAUAAUGACCAUAUUGGUUAUUUACGUUUAAUUUAUACAGAUCGUGUAAGAAAUACAAGACAAGAUGAAUUUGUACUUGGUAUUCAAACAAUUUUAACAAAUUUAACUUAUAAUAAAAACCAACACAAAAAUAAUGAACAAAUUUCUCAUAAUUAUAUAACCACUUUAUUAUUUGUUACUAGUUUAACACAAAUUGGUGAUUUUAUACAUUUAUUUUUAGAAUCAGGUGUAGUGCGGCUUAAUUAUAACAUGGGUGGAGGUGUGGUUCAUAUCAGUGGACCUAAUUUCCCAAUCAAUGAUGGAUUUUAUCAUCGAAUACGAGGCUAUCGUGUCGAUCGUCAGAUAAUUCUUGAAGUAGAUGACUCAAGACAUACAUAUGAACUAAACAGUAUAUAUGGGAAACAGUUCAAUAAUCAAAAAGUUAUUUGGCUUGGACAUGCACCACGAUUAAAUAAGACAGACUUUUUUCAUGGUUACAUGACCGGUGUUUACUAUAAUGGAUUACUAUUGCAUGAUAUAGCUGCCGGUUUAUCCUACGUAAUGUAUAUACAUGUGACACGAUUUGGAAAUGUGAAGCAUACACCAAAAUUUCAACCGAAAUUACUCAAAUCUGACUACUAUAAAGAUGGAGUAAACUACGUGAAUCGUGAUGAACCAGUUAGUGAAGAGAUAACAAAACAAAUCUUAACCAAUUCAUUACCAUUUCAUUUUUAUUCCAAUUCUUCCUCUUCAUUAUUAUCAUCAUCGAACUAUAAGUAUUUUAAUAACAAUAUUUCUAAUGAAUCUAUACAGUCAGAUAUAAUUCAUUCACAGACAAAUUAUUUACAAUAUAAUAAAUGGAAAGUAUUUAAAACAAUGAGUCGUUUACGUGAACAAGUUAAUAUUUGGCUGUUAAUUAGUUUAGCCGGUGCUGGCCUAAUAAUGUUAAUCUCAGUUACAUUUCUAGCUUAUAGAUGUCAUCGCAAUAAACAUGUAAAUUCACAUUGUUCUAAAUUAACUGAAACAAAGCAAAUGAGUCAUUUACAUCAAUUCUCUCCGACAUCAGUUACUUAUAGAACUGCUUCAGUAGGUUCUUUAUUAAGUAUGGAUGAUAUAAGAUAUACUAUGAUAUCUAAACGAUUAAAACAAAAUCAAGAACAAUUAUCAUCAGUUUCAGAUGAUCAAUCACAUUCACUAUGUGAUCGAACAUCAAUUAGUGGAUAUAAAAUCAAUUAUUCUAAUACUACAGUAACACCUUUUAUCUUAGUAACUGAUUCAAUAAAUUUACCAAGAAAAUCAUCAACAGGAAUAGAUCAAUACAAUUUAAUAAAAACAUCUUUACCUAAAAUAGGUUCAAUGCAUUUCAAUGUUAACGAGCUUCCAAUUAAAACAUUUGAACAAUAUAUACCAGGUAAAUAUUUAAAAGAUAAUGAAUAUAAAGUUAUUUUAAAUGUUUCUGAUAAUGAUUAUUUAAAAACACAAUAUAUACAUGGAUUUAUUGAUACACUAAAUAAUGGACAAUUCAGUACAGGUUCUUCAAUAGAAACAUCCCAAAUGAUGUAGUAUUCAAAUAUCAAGUUACUAUAUAUUAAUGAAAUUCUGAAUCAAGUUUAUUAUGUUAUGAAUAAAUGACAAAUACCUAUCAAUAUAUGAUCAACAAUCUAAAUAAAGAGGGUAUUAUUUUUAUGUAGAAAGAAAGAUUUGCGGUAUGUUAGCUCAUUUUUAUAUGACAUAUAUAUAUCUAUCAAAAUGACUUUACAUCAUUUGCUCUGUAUGCAGCGAUAAACAUUGUAAAUAAAAUUAUAUUUCAGGUA